GGUGAACUUAUACUAAAUCAGCUGUAGUGGUGGAUAUAGACAAGUGAAACACACUUCACUUCAACAUGAAGGCGACAUUUUAAAAAGUUUCUUCUAAAAUUACUGAGAUAUAUUAUAGUUUUUAUUGUUCAAAAUGGAUCUUACGUGUGAUAAACAAGCAGUAGUUAUUGUUGGAUUCUCACUUAUUUUACUGGUCUCAAGUUUGGAUUCAUCUACUUAUGAAUAUACAGAAUGGGAGAAUUGGGUACCUUGUUCCAAAAAAUGUGGCCGAGGAUUAUCGUUUCGAGCAAGGGGUUGUGCACGAGGGGAGUGCCCAACAUCAGAGCUAAUUACCUAUAAAACAUGUAAUUUACAGCCUUGUAGAGACAGCGAAGAGGAGGAAAUAACGAGGAACCAGCAAUGUGCAGCGUUUAACACAGGAUAUUUCAGAUGGGCAGCUUUACAUGUUGCGGACAACCUGGCUAGCUGCUCGCUAACAUGUCGAGAACAAAUUACCGGAAUGAUUAGACAAAAAGGACCAAAAGUUCUAGAUGGCACGUUAUGUGGUCCGAAUAUGUUGGACAUUUGUAUUAAUGGAAAAUGUGAGCCGGUAGGCUGUGAUGGCCAAUUAAAAUCAACUGCUAAGCUUGAUCGUUGUGGAGUGUGCAAUGGUGAUGGCCAAUCUUGCAAAUUAAUCAGAGGUGCACCCUUCAAAUUAAGGAGUGGUAAAAGUCAAGGAACAGAUGUUGUGUAUACAUUUCCCCAAGGAUCUACAAAUAUAAUGAUUAGAUACCGUGGAAGUAACUACAUUGGUAUUAGAGGAACAACCCUGGGUUCUGAACGGGGUGGACUCAACCAAUUCCCUCCUGCUAGUCGAGCAGGCACCUACAUAAUAUCAGGGACAAGAGUGAGAUACACAACCGAAAGGAGGGGGAAAAAACAAAUCACAAUACAGGGUCCACUUCAGUCAGAGAUACAGUUAACGGUCAUGUAUGUCACCCCAGCAACUGAGUUAGAGUACAUUUACUACAACUUCACAGCAGGCUAUAUUUGGAAAUGGCUGGGCUGGUCAGAUUGCUCAGUAUCCUGCAAUGGAGGCAAGAAGUCAACAAUAAUCAGCUGUGUUAGUGUGGAGACAGGAGAAGUGUUAGAGGACAGCUUCUGUGAUCAAAGUAAGCGACCAUCGGAACAUGUUGAAUCCUGCAAUAAUCAUGUGUGCCCACCAAGGUGGCAUGCAAAUCCAUGGACUGAUUGCUCAACCAGCUGUGGCCAAGGUGUUCAGCAGCGUAUUGUCACCUGUGCCCAGGAUUUUCCAAAUGGCAGAACUGUCUCAAAGGUGUUCCAGGCAUGCCAGGGACCCAGACCUCCAUCACAGAGGAUAUGUAACCUACAACCUUGUCCCCACUGGUUGACAGGAAACUGGUCUGAGACGGUGAUACUGGAAGAGGAGGAGGAUGAUGACUUUUUUCAGCUUGAUACUGGGGCAUUCAGUAGUGGUCCAGAGGCAACAGCCCCACAUUUUGUAGCAGGUGACUUUGGUGACUGCAGUGCAAGUUGUGGUGAAGCUGUCAAGAAUCGGUCUGUGAAUUGUGAGGUAUCAGCAGGGUUCUCCCAGUUGAUCACCAUACUUCCAGAUUCCAACUGCACUGGUCCAAAGCCUCCCACAACUGUAUCAUGUGAGCUACCGAAAUGCAACACAGACGAUGAGAACAACAUCUUGACAAGUGAUUAUGGUAGCGGUGGUAUCCCACAGUACAUGUGGCACUUCAACGGGCAUACUGAGUGCAGUCUCUCCUGUGCUGGAGGUUACCGUGAAUCAAUAGUGUCUUGUUACGAUUACAUAUCAUCUGAGUAUGUAAGCGAUGUCUUCUGCAAUAUCAACAACAAAUUGCCAAUUUACAGAGAGCUCUGUAACGACAUCCCUUGUCCUUCAACUUGGCAGCUUGUUGUAUACAAGGACUGUUCAGCAACAUGUGGGGGCGGUGUUCAAGAGGCUCAUUACCUGUGUAUGCAAAAGUUUGGUGCAGACCAUGUAAGAACAGUUCAUGACUACAUGUGCAAGGAGCCUAAGCCAACAUCCACAAGACCUUGUAAUGAGGUUCCAUGUGAGGCUGAAUGGGUGACAGGAGACUGGUCCAAUUGUUCAAGAGAAUGUGGGUCUGGAUUGCGUCGUCGAAUGGUCUACUGUCAUCAGAGAACUGUUGAGCGACAGGUCAUUGAAGUUGACCCCUCACUUUGCCCCCAGAACCAAAAACCUUCCCAAAUAGAGGACUGUAAUCAGAUCGAUUGUGAACCAGAAUGGAUUGUUAAGGAAUGGUCAGAGUGCUCAGUAACUUGCGGAGAAGGAGUCCAGGUUCGUGUUAUCCUCUGCGUACAGCAAACUGCCAGUAAUAAUAUUGAGAUAGUUUCAACAUGUGAUGCAGAUAAAAUGCCACCACGAAGCGAAAAAUGUUACCUUAAAAAGUGUGUAGAAAUCCUAGGAAAUUCAACAAGUGUGAUUCAGGCAAAACGAAUGAGCAAGGUACGUCUACAGAUUGGCAACACAGCAAAACUAUACCAAGGCACAACGGUCCUCAUAAGAUGCCCUGUAGUCAACUUCAAAAAAUCUAAUCUCCUGUGGACUAAGAAUGACGUCCCUAUCACAAGGCAUGAUGGAAAGUUUCAGAUAUUACAAGAUGGGACAUUGAAGAUUUGGAAUAUUGAGAAAGAGGAUCGUGGUGUUUAUUCAUGUCAUGCUGGUGAUGUUAGCAAAGAUUUUAAUCUGCUGUUGCAUGAAGAUGGCGAACUAAUAGCAAGGAAUCAUGAAAUUGCCUGGGUUAAGGGUCAAUGGAGUCAAUGUUCCGUAACCUGUGGGAAUGGAAUUAAAUCCCGGAAUGUAACCUGUGUUCGGACCUCUGCAGGAGUAGAGGAAAGCGUGCAAGACCAGGAUUGUCUUAAUUUUGGAAUUGAUAAACCUAACACAACCCAGGAUUGUAACAAGGGGCGCUGUGCCAACCAAUGGAAGACAGGAGCAUGGGGCGAGUGUUCAGGCAAAUGUAAUAAGCCAUAUAUUGCCUACAAGUUAAGGAGAGUAUGGUGUGAGAAUGGCAAAGGUGUGUUGACACAAGGCAGAAACUGUAAUAGCUCAAGCAAACCGAAGCGAUUGCACCCUUGCCAAACAAUGCGAUGUAGGCCAGAGUGGAGGAAAACAAAAUGGUCAGAGUGUUCAUCAUCCUGUGGACCUUACGGAUUCCAGACAAGGAAGAUUCACUGUGUUUAUGGUGGAACCAAAGGAUCGGCACCAACACACUUUUGCAAUGCUAAAGGGCAGCCUAAUGUCAUACAGCAGUGUAACCAACAGCCAUGUGAACCUUGUAAAGAUCUUGCCCACUAUUGUCCACUGGUAAAGCAACUAAAUGUAUGCAACUCAGAAAACUACCAAAUGCAGUGCUGCCAAUCAUGUUCCACUUGAGUGCUUCACCUGUGACACCACCUGAGGAAUAAAACAACUUAAAAUAGACUGCCAACAACAUAAGUGCCCGGGACAUUUGUGUGUGACCUUCAGCAUUGUGCUAAUAACCUACAGUAUUGUUCAGAAAUUGCAAUUGGUCAAAUCAACACUGUUGUAUCAUUGGACAGUUAGCGCCAGUUGUUGUGGUGAUCUGUCAUCGCCAUCUUUGUUUUUCUUAUUAUCGGGUUGUAUAUUUGAACAGCCAAAGCAUCCAGCCGUAUUUCGAUAUUUUACAUAAAUCAGAACAGCACACUAUAAUAUUAGAAUAAGUGCCUCUUUCAAUUAAGCGCUGUUCUCGGAUAAAAAGUGCUGUUCUGAAACAUGACUUUUUAAUAUUUAGUUCCGCAUCUAAGUGUAUUGAAAGAAGCAUUGUGGCACUUAUUGAGAGUACAUUUUUACCUAUGCCUUGAUAUUUUGAAUCACCAGGACAACCAUCUCACAGAAUAAUUAUUAAUGAAGUAUAACAAGUCAGGCCUGUGUACAACACAUUUUAACAAGAGAAGACACGAUAACAUGAGAAACACCACUCCCAGUGCCACUCUCACGGAAUUGCCACACUAACACCUAAAAUUGUUUAAGCUCUGCUUCGCUAAUUAGAUUAUUUACUGUACAAACUCCUAUAGAUAUUUGCCGUCCUUUGCCAUCAAAAUAUCAUGCUGUAUUUAUCUCUUGAUUUGAACACUAAAUCAGUUUUUUAUUGAUGUAAAUCAAAAAUGUAUUAAAGAAUUUGUUGUAAAAAUAUUCUA